AUACCCUGUAUCAGUAUCUCUCCUAGUCCUAGAACAGAAACAUGUUAUUUCAAAAAUAGGUACGCGUAAACUCAGUUCUCUUAUCAGCCUAUAGUAUAUUGUUGAAGAAGAUACGUCUUCUUUUUUUUUCUAAACCGUAAUUAUUUUGCGUUGAGAAAUAUUUCGCUGUUGUAAAUUAUUGUAGUAGUUUCGUUUGUUGAGAAAAAACACCACGAAAGAUGGCUCACUCUCAAGGUUCUGAAUUCGAUUUCGCCAAAUUCACAAUCGCAUUACCGUCGCAAAGUUCGCAAGCUUCGCAAGUCGAAUCAACGCCUGGGAAAACUCAAGAGUUACCCGCAUUCGCUUGUGUGUAUUGCGCUAUUCACGAUCCUAGCUGUGUCGUAAUGUGUAACAUAUGUAAAAAAUGGUUCUGCAAUGGUCGUGGAAAUACUUGUGGAUCGCAUAUUGUUAACCAUUUAAUGCAAUCCAAGCAUAAGGAAGUAACUCUUCAUAAAGUUAGUCCUUUGGGAAAAACCGUCCUGAAAUGUUAUGCUUGCGGUAUGCGAAAUGUCUUCGUUUUAGGGUUCACACCUGAUAAGACGGGUUCCGCUGUGGUGCUACUAUGUCGACAACCCUGCGCUGCUCAAAAUUCCAUCAAAGACUUGAACUGGGAUCAGGAAAAAUGGAAACCGUUGAUAGAAGAUCGAUGUUUCGUAUCGUGGCUGGUUAAAAUACCUGCCGAGCAAGAUCAACUCAAAGCUUGGCCAACAACAUUGGCUCAAAUAUGUAAACUAGAGGAAAUUUGGAAGGAUAACGUGGGUUUCACUGUAGCCGAUUUAGACCAUGACUUGGAGUUUGAUCCACCAAGAAUCGACGUUGAACCGGUCAAACCCCACCUAGUGCGUUUCAGGUAUGAAGAUGGAUUCGAAUAUCAGAACAUUUUCGGUCCGUUGGUUAAAUUGGAAGCUGACAACGAUAAGAGAUUGAAGGAAUUCCAAAUUCAGGAUGUCACCGUUCAUUUAUGGUACCACUAUUUGUCGAAUAAAAAAGUAACAGCUCAAUUCAGCCUCCCUAAAAUUGACAGAAAUAUGAAACUAAUGCACGGUGAUCAAAUAAGAUUACGAUGUAUGGAAAACGCAAACAAGCCUUGGUCAGGAGUUGGUCAUGUUAUCGACAUACUGGAUCGUGAUUACACCGAAGAAAUUGGCUUAGAGAUGAAAACUAGCCAAGGAAUACCUUUCAAAUCUACUACGUGUAGUAUAACUAGUAAAGUCGUGGUAGAUUUUAUUUGGAAAUCAACGUCAUUCGAUAGAAUGCAACAAGCUUUGAGGAAAUUUGCUGAUGACGACACUUCUUCAUCCGCUUCCAUUUAUUAUGGUUUGCUUGGACACGACGUCGAUGACGUAUUAUUUAGAUCGCACGAUUCUGAAGACUAUUCAGCUCCUAAUUUACCAGAAUUGAAUCCAUCGCAAAAAUAUGCUGUAAAACAAGCGAUUCAAAGACACUUGUCUUUAAUUCAUGGACCUGCCGGUACAGGCAAAACCAUCACUUUGGCGACUAUUGUUUAUCAGCUGGCGAAAUUUAACACCGGGCCUGUAUUGGUUUGUGCUUUUUCAAACACAGCCGUCGAUCAGUUGACGGAGAAAAUCCAUAAAACUAAUUUGAAGGUUGUGAGAGUUUGCGCUAAAUCCAGAGAAGCGAUCGAUUCACCGGUUUCUUUCUUAGCUUUGCAUAAUCAGAUCAAAAAUUUAGAUAGUAACUCCGAAUUGAAGAAGUUACAAGAAACUCGAGAAAAAACUGGCGAACUUUCGGAGGCCGAUGAAAAAAGAUACAGAGUUUUGAAGGAAUUCGCCGAACGCGAGCUACUCGAAGCAGCCGAUGUAAUUUGCUGCACCUGUAUUGGCGCAGGAGAUUCACGUCUAGCGAAUAUGAAGUUCGAUUGUGUACUCAUCGACGAUUCUACGCAGCUUACCGAACCGGAGUGUAUGAUUCCUAUAUUAUUGGGAUCGAAACAGCUUAUUUUGGUCGGAGAUCAUUGCCAGCUUCGUCCAAUCGUUAAGUGCAAGAAAGCUUCGAAAGCUGGUCUUGGUCGGUCAUUGUUAGAACGUUUGAUAGUACUCGGUGUCAGAUCGUGCCGUUUAGACGUUCAGUAUCGUAUGCAUCCGGAAUUAUCGCGUUUCCCGUCUAAUUUAUUCUACGAAGGAUCCUUGCAAAAUGGUGUAACCGCUGAGGAAAGAAAACUGCCGGAAAUCAAGUUCCCCUGGCCAGUUCCUGAUAAACCUAUGAUGUUCUACGUAUCCUACGGAACCGAAGAAAUCGUAGGAUGCGGUAAAUCGUAUCGAAAUCUAACUGAAGCAAGCAACGUUGUAAAAAUAGCCUUCAAAUUGGUAUCGGGUGGCGCGAAACCCGAACAGAUCGGUAUUAUUACACCGUACGAAGGACAGAGAGCAUAUUUGAGGAAGUGUAUGCUGUAUAAUGGAAUGUUCAACGACCCUAAAUAUAGACAGAUCGAAGUAGCCAACGUAGACGCGUUCCAAGGUCGUGAGAAAGAUUUCAUCAUCGUGUCUUGCGUACGUUCCAACGACCAUCAAGGGAUCGAUUAUUAUUUGAACAAUCCAGGACGGUUGAACGUUGCCUUAACCAGAGCCAAGUAUGGUCUUAUCGUGGUCGGAAACCCGAAAGUUUUAUCUAAACAAACUUUAUGGCGUAAUUUACUCAGUUUCUACAAAGAACAGAAAGUGCUGGUAGAAGGGCCACUGGAUAAUUUGAAAGAAAGCGCUUUCCAGCUCCCUGAACCUGAACCGAUUGUGAACUCGGUAUAGGUAUGACUUGUCAUAGCUAGGAUUCGGUAUCGCAGGAUAGUUACAUGAUUGGCGAGUUACUUUUGUCUGAAGAUUGGUCGUACCAGAUUGACCGAACGAUCUAGUACGUUUCAAUGUUAUUUUACAUCGCCGUAAUGUAAAAUUAAAAUAUAUCUCAAUUUAAUACA